AUGGGUGCGAUCUUCAAGGACAAGUUCCAGCUGCAGGACCCCUUGUCCAACAACCAGUCCUUCCUCGUCACCAUCAGCGGCGACACCAUCGAUAAGUCCGUCUCCACGUCGGCAGUCGGGGCGUCACCGUGCCUGGCGACCUGCUCCAGCCGGGCAUCACGCAGAAGGGCCACCGCCUCCUGGCGAGGAUCCAGCCCGCUGCCUUUGUCGAGUCAGCGCCGGCCUUCUAUUUCUCCAAGUCCCCUGAGCAGCUGGACUUGCAGAAUCUGCUGGUGUCGUACCCGACCUUUCUGCGGCUGGCAGAGCAGGCGGGCGGGCCACGGUCGAUACGGCAACUCGGCACUGGGAGGGUCCCUGGUGGAUAUGCGGCACGACAAGAGGGGCCAUGUUGAUCUCGAUGGGCCUACCCUCGAUGCCAUCGUCAGCGACCUGUCGGACUACAGCACCGUGUCCGACUACCGCGAUAUGGAGAACAGCGUCAACGAGGUGCGACGGGCGGGAGGAAAGACAUCACAUUUCUUCCUCACUCUUGUUGGUGUGCAUGUGUGGCUUGAUUGGCUCAGUCUCGUGGCAUCAUGGAUGUGGUCUUUGCCGCGGCGGCUGUGGUGGUGAUGGUGCUGUGUUUCCUCAGCCUGGUGUCGUCCACGGCCGCGAACAUUUUCGAGCGGACCAAGGAGAUGGCCAUUCUCCGAUCCAUCGGGGUCACCAAGGCACGAGUCACCACCCUAUUCAUCUAUCAGGUGUCUAUCGCACACAUGCAGAAGGCAGACACAGACAUCCGUGUGUUGCAACUGGGGCCAUUCAUGUGCACACGUGUGUGUGGGUGUGUGUGUUCAGGCGUUCGUAUUGAUAACGUCAGCGUCGGACCCCAGCCCCCGAGCAGCCUGA